AUGCUGGCAUUGCAAGUCCUGGCAGCAGUCACCCUGGUGGCCCUGUUCUUUGCAUGGAGAGUAACACAACAACAAGGGCCUCACAUCCAGGAUGAGAGCAUGUUUGCAAUUUCCGUGCGCUCCGCUGCGGAACAACUCCCAAAAUGGAAGACCAUCACCUCGGAAGGAAACCCAGCAAGAGUUUCCAGGAAUGCGCCGCGCACAGUGUACGGGAUCCACCGGCUUGUGCUGGCCACUGUGCCACGGACAGGAAACGGCUGGAUGCGUGGGCUGCUCGAAGGCGCCACUGGGGUGGCGACGGAAAGCGUCUUCAAGGAAGGGGUGCAGUCUGUGUUCCGCGAAAGAUCACAAGCCUUUGGCAAAGGAUGUGGCUGGCUGGAGGACUGCAACUUGGUGCGAACAAGUGCUGGGAUCGACCCCGUCGUGGUCAAGGUGAUCAUGUACCAACUCGAGAAGGUUGCCGAAGAAGAGCGCGUCUACAUGGACUUGCCGAGCUUCAUGCAAGCAUGGGUGAUGCACCACACGUUCUGGCACAACCUGCGUGUGCCCAUGUUUGUGUAUCGCUACGAGGAUCUUCUUGCCAAUCCCAUUGUGAUUUUGCGAACCGUUCUCAAGUCGUCCGGCCUGUGGGACUAUUACAGGCUGUCUGACGUGGAGCUGGCGCGUGUGGCGAAUUUGCCGCGUCUUCAAACCUUCAAAAGCAAACGUUUUGGUGCAUCCACAAAGCAAAAGGAUGACGUGGCGCACGCGUAUCACAAGUACGACGCGAAAGACAUUGAGUGGAUCCUCGACAACUACCGCUCCAUCCUCGAUCUGUUUGGGUACACGGGCAUGUACGAGGUGUGGCUUCAAGCCGCGCGCGGAGAGCUCACGGACGACGAUGAGAUAUCGGUGAUGGUGCAGCGUGCCAUGCUCAAGACGGCUCGGACAUCCAACUGGGGUGACGUGUACACGUUCGACGACGCCUACUUUGGCUUGUAG